ACAGUUCACAGAGCUUUUUCACCGGGACUUAGCCUCUGGCGAUGCUUCCGAUAAAAUUGUUUCGUCAUUUUAUUCGCAUGUAGAUGUCCUUUGCGAUUGAUUUCAUGCUGAAUGCAAAGAAUAUCAUUGAAAUAUUCGGAUCGCAGCAAUUUUAAACUAAAAAUAUGAAUUUUAAUUUUCUCCUCAUCGAUUUUUCUUCUAACACCUUGUAAACAAGCUCUGUGAACUGUCAAAUAAGUGAGGUUAGAUCAAGAUCUUGCAUUGGUCUAUAUGCACGUGCUGCUGUUUGUAAACAACAAACCGCAAGAGCCGUCACCAACAGAACGACAGUCAGUUUAAAUUUGUGUGGUAAUCGUAAGUUGCAGGAUUUGAAGUGGAGUAAUUUCUUGUUGAACAAAUUAACAUCCGACACAUCUUGAAAGUUGAAUCAAUAAAAAAAAGUUCCAUAAUUAUGGGAAAACGGAGGUUCAACGAAAAAGGACGUCAACAGAACGAGACCGUCAUCGAUAAUACCGCAACAAAACAGAUAAAAUUAGAUUUCUCUGCUCAGGAAGAAGGAUACGGUGGAUCAGAUGACGCGAAUAUGUUGGUCUUACCUUCGAAGAAAAGACCGACGAAGAUUAAACAGGACAAAACGGUCGUCACCAAAAUCCUAUCCAAAAAGCAGCGCAAACGACUGGAAAAGAUUGUCGAUCAGAAACGGAAAAAAGAGAACCGAUCGACGCUGAUUAGUGCCCUGUCUGAUGUGCAAGCAACGUCCGAGGAGUUGAAAAACUAUACCAAACUCAGUGCAGUGCAAACGAAAGGUUUGAAACAGCUGUUUAAGGAGCAGAAAUUCGGUGUUAUCAGUAUUGAUAAGCCGGUCGGAAAGGUUGAUUCCCAAGAUGAUGGGCAUCGGAAGCUGAAAAGUUUGGUCGGAAUGCGAAAGCAACGAUUGGCGCUGUUGCGUGCUCAGCAACAAACGGAGGACGAUGAGGAUAAAGGUCAAAAGGAUUUGAAUACAAUCGGUUUGGAAGAGGAGAGCUCUUCAUCCGAAGAAGAGGCAGAGUCUGAGAUAAGUGUUGAUAGCCCCCGAAAAGAGGAAGAAAAGAUGUGUGAAAAAGUUAAAAUGUGUGACGAUAAUGUAGUGCCACUCAAAAAACCUGAUGUUGAGAUUAUUGCCAAUGACAAUGCAGUCCAAGCCAAGCCUCCUCCGAAGAAAGCAACAGAAAGCAUUGCAAUAAAACCAGUGGCUAGAAAGCCGGCCACUUAUGUUCACGUUGAGCGUGACCCGGAAAUCCAAGCCACUCGUUUGAAGCUUCCUAUUUUGGCUGAAGAACAAAUCAUUAUGGAAACGAUCAGUGAAAACUCAAUUGUAAUUCUAGCCGGAGAAACAGGCAGCGGUAAGACAACUCAGGUGCCUCAAUUUCUGUACGAAGCCGGAUAUGCUAAUACUGACCGUGGUCUGAUUGCAAUUACUGAACCACGGCGCGUGGCUGCCAUUUCGAUGUCCAAGCGGGUGGCCACUGAGAUGAAUGUCUCAACAGAUGUUGUAUCAUAUUUGAUUAGAUUCGAAGGCAACGUGACCGAUCGCACCCGGAUCAAGUUCGUGACCGAUGGUGUGCUGCUAAAGGAAAUCGAAAAUGAUUUUUUCUUGUCACAAUAUUCUGUUAUUAUACUGGAUGAAGCGCACGAGCGGAGCGUCUACACUGACAUUCUCGUUGGAUUGCUUUCACGAAUUGUGAUUCUCCGGGCCAAAAAGGGAAAACCAUUGAAAUUGAUAAUCAUGUCCGCCACAAUGAGAGUAAAGGAUUUUACAGAAAACCGAACCCUUUUCAGCAAAGUGCCACCAGUAAUCAAUGUGGAGUCGCGACAGUUUCCCGUAACUGUUCAUUUUAAUAAGACGACGGCCAAUGACUACGUUCGAGAAGCAUAUUUGAAAGCGGUUAAGAUCCACACCAAACUACCAGAGGGAGGGAUGUUGAUUUUUCUUACAGGGCAGAAGGAAGUCAAUUUCAUGGUGAAACAAUUGCGCAAAGCAUUUCCUUUCAAAGGGCAUAAGCUUCAGGCAACUAAAAGCUCAGACAAGCCGCAAGCGAUCGUUGGUGAUCUAUCGGAAGAUGAAGACGAUAAGCUGGCGCAAAUGGUCAACCCGAAGAAGAAGGCUAAAUCAAAGAAAAAGAAUAAGGUCAAACAACAGCAAGCCGAAUCGGUCCAAAUCGAGCUACCAAAAAUAAAUCUGGAUAAUUAUCAACUGCCGUGGGAUGACGCAGAAGCAGACCAACGGGAAGAUGACGAAGAUGCCGGAUUACUCGGCCACAGUGACGACGAACUGACUGAUUUGGAGUCCGAUUUCGAUGAAGAUUUGAACACGUCAGAACUAAGCCACAAUCAACCUUUGUGGGUAUUGCCGCUGUAUUCUAUACUUUCUUCCGAGAAGCAACAAAAAGUUUUUGAAGAUCCACCGGAAGGCACUCGUUUAUGUGUUGUGGCAACAAAUGUUGCGGAAACUUCCUUGACCAUUCCUGGUAUCAAGUAUGUAGUGGACUGUGGUAGACAAAAAACCAAACUGUACGACAAAGUAACCGGAGUUACUGCGUUUGUGGUGACCUACAUUAGCAAAGCUUCGGCUAAUCAGCGUGCAGGACGAGCGGGAAGAGUAGCCGCAGGCCACUGCUAUAGACUUUACUCCAGCGCCGUGUUCAACGACGAGUUUGUAGAAUUUUCCCAACCGGAAAUUCAGAAGAAACCGGUAGACGAUCUGAUGUUGCAGAUGAAAUGCAUGGGAAUCGAUAAAGUCGUUAAUUUUCCAUUUCCCUCGCCUCCAGAUAGAACUCAGUUGGAAGUAGCCGAAAAAAGGCUUGUCAUGAUGGAUGCCCUGCAGGAGAGCAUCGUAAAUAGUAAAAAUAAAUCACAGACCUUGAGUCGCAUUACCAAGCUUGGCAGAACGAUAGCCGCAUUUCCGGUUGCUCCUCGUUUUGGCAAAAUGUUAGCUCUGAGUCAUCAGCAUGGAUUACUCCCGUAUGCAAUUUGUAUGGUAGCUGCUCUAUCCGUGCAGGAAUUAUUCCAAGAGGUGUCAUUAUCCGAAGAUACGAACGAUCAUCAAAAGUGGCGAACCAAAAGAAAAGGUUGGGCUGGAACCGGCCAUUCUCUUAUGCUUGGCGAUCCCAUGAUAUUACUUCGGGCCGUAGGAGCUGCGGAGUAUGCCAAUAGUAAGGGACGCUUAACAGAAUUCUGUGAGGAAAAUGGCAUCCGAUUGAAGGCCGUAAAAGAAAUCCGGAAGCUACGAGUGCAACUAACAAAUGAAGUCAACGUAAAUCUGAAAGAUUUAAACCUAACCGUAGAUCCAGGUAUGGAGCCUCCGAGUGACACACAAGCGAAACUGCUGCGUCAGCUGAUGCUGAUUGGUAUGGCCGAUCGCAUUGCCCAUAAGAUACCGGAAUACGAAAUUAAGCUGAAAUCGGAUCGAAUCAAGUACAAACAUGCCUACAAUCUGUCCAAUUUGGAGGACCCCGUAUUUGUGCACUCAAGUUCCGUACUGCGCAAAAAGGAUCCGGAAUGGGUAUGCUAUCAGGAGGCGUACGAAACGGUGGAGGGCGGAAAUUCAAAAAUGUUUAUCCGAGGCAUCACGGCCAUCGAACCAGAAUGGCUGGUACAAUUGAUACCAAAAUAUUGUAACAUUAUUUGCGUGUUGGAAGAUCCAAAACCGACGUACCGUUCACACGAUGAUAGCAUUAUUUGCUGGGUGCAGGCUACGAUCGGCAAGGCCGGCUGGGAAUUGCCACCAACGGAGAUUGACAUGCCGAAAGAUGCGUCCCGGUGUCGAUAUUUCACCCAAUUCUUUCUAGCUGGAGUUGUUUUUCAAAAAUUGAAAAAAUUCAGGAAAUCGCUACUUUCCUCGCCGGAGUCGGUUUUGAAGUCAUUUUCGUCGUCGAUUCCGCGAAUCACAACGUUCGUUAACACGUUGCUGCAAAAUGAAGUCUACGGCAGGUGUCGACUCGAGGAACUUUGGAAACAGGAUAAAAACUUUCUUCUCAGUGAGUACCAACAAUUUCUGCCUGUAUCGUGUCACUCUGAUGUGGUAAAACUAUGGCCCCCAUCGACUGAGAGGUAAAUAUUGUUGGUUAUUUUGUUUUUAGAUAAAUGUCUAAAAGAA